AUGAUGGAAGCCAUGCUAGGCAUGGCCAUCCCACAGUGGUAUGCUGAGCACUACCAAGGCGACAGGGCCAACUAUACUAUCAUCAUGUUUCCGUAUUUGUUCUGUAUGUUGAUUAACAUCAGCUGGGCCGUGUGCUCGUGGACCUAUGCAGCCAAGAUCUUUCCCAUUACGAUGCGAGCCAAGGAUAAUGCUCUGAUGACUGCUUUACUUUGGACAGCGUGUUAUGCCGUGGCACAGGCGACUCCACGACCGCAACAUCUCUACAGACCAUGCCACCAGAAUGGCAGUAUCGAGUCGCAAUAUCGUUCACAGCCGCGCGUCGAAGACAAUUACAUAGAGUUGUACCAAUCAUCGUCCUUUUCCUGGUGGAGUAAACUUGCCUGUCUCAUUGGCUCGAGGCCACUCGAGCCAUCACUGGAGUGCUUUCGUUCCCGCAAUCCAGUCACCGUAGGAGCGGAGGGUGAGCGGCUCGACUCGAUCGGCGAUGUUGGUGCUUCUAGUGGAAAUUGCCGCGCGGAUGAUAAAGCAGUUCUAAUUUUGGGCUCCGGCGCAGGUGAGCCUGUGGGUUGUCCAGUCAGUUUUUGUGGCAUGGAGCGCUACAGUAGCAAGCUUUGGGUUGAUCGCAACUACUGCAGGUGA